AUGCCUCCCGAGCAGCGCGGGGGCCGCCUCCGCGCCCUCAGCUUCCUCUGGCUGUGCGCGCUGGUGGAAGCAAAGACCAGAACCUACUACCUCGGGAUUGUGGAAGAGAAUUGGGACUAUGCACCCUCUGGGAAAAAUCUGAUCACAGGGCAAAGCCUCUUAGAGGACAAGUUUGCAAGCGUAUACGCGACAAGAGGAGCCAACCGGAUAGGACGUGUCUACAAAAAGGCCAUUUUUAGGCAAUUCACGGAUGACACUUACUCCCAGGAGAUCCCCAAAGCAGCAUGGCUGGGGUUCCUUGGCCCAGUCCUCAAGGCAGAAGAAGAGGAUGUCUUUAUCAUCCAUCUGAAAAACUUUGCUUCCCGCCCAUAUUCUGUGCACCCACAUGGGGUCUUCUAUGACAAGGACUCUGAAGGAGCACUUUACCCUGAUGGAACUGGCGGUAAAAGCAAAGAGGACGACUUUGUUGUUCCCGGUGGAAAUUACACGUACACAUGGCCAGUAAGGAAAGAUUAUUCCCCAACUUUGGCAGACUCAAACUGCUUGACUUGGAUUUACCAUUCUCACAUUGACACACCAAGAGAUAUUGCAUCUGGUUUAAUUGGGCCUCUGCUGGUGUGUAAAAAAGGAACUGCAGAUGAGACCACAAUAGAAGGGACUGGUGCUGCUAAUGCUUUUGCCCUGAUGUUUAGCAUUGUAGAUGAAAACUUCAGCUGGUACCUCGAUGAGAAUAUAAACACCUUCUGCUUAGAACCAGACACAGUUAACAAAGAGGAUGAAGGUUUCCAGACCAGCAACCGAAUGCAUGCAAUUAACGGUUAUAUAUAUGGCAAUCUCCCCGGCUUGGAGAUGUGUGCUGACACUUCCAUGUCCUGGCACUUGUUUGGCAUGGGGGCAGAGAUAGACAUCCACGCUGCUUAUUUCUACGGGCACACGUUCACCAGCAGAGACCAGAGGGCAGACGUGGUCGGUCUCUUCCCAGCGACAUUCAUCACGGCGGAGAUGACCCCGGGAAGCCCCGGGAGGUGGCUGAUAACCUGCCAGGUCAAUGAGCACCUACGAGGUGGCAUGGAGGCGCUAUACGAUGUUCAGAUCUGCCAGAAAAACCUGUCUCACCCUUCCCCAAUCAGUCAUAAGAGAAGAUACUACAUUGCUGCUGAAGAAGUGCUCUGGAAUUACGGGCCUGACGGUUAUGAUAAAUUCACUGGGCAGGGUUUGAACGCCACUGGCAGUGAAUCUGCAACAUAUUUUACACAAGGGACUGACAGAAUAGGAGGGCAGUACUGGAAAGUUCACUAUGUGGGAUAUACUGACGCAACGUUCAGUAAGAAGACUUGGUCAGAGGACAUGAAGCACCUGGGAAUACUUGGCCCUGUUAUAAAAGCUGAGGUGGGAGAUACAGUACUGGUUACUUUUGCCAACAAAGCCAGAAGAAGCUACAGCAUUAUGGCCCAUGGUGUAAGCUUCAGCAAGCUGUCAGAAGGUGCUCCCUACUUAGAUGGCUACCUGAAGCCAGGAGCCCACGUCAAGCCAGGUGAAACCUUCACGUACAAAUGGAGGGUGCCUGAAAAUGGAGGUCCAACAGAGAGUGACCCCCCGUGCCUGACCUACCUGUACUACUCAGCCACUGAUGCUGUCAAGGACACCAACUCUGGCCUGGUGGGACCUUUGCUGGUCUGUCGGAAGAACACCCUGAAUCACGACGGGACACAGAAAGGAAUAGACAGAGAAUUUUACCUCCUCUUUUCAAUCUUUGAUGAGAAUGACAGCUGGUAUCUGAACAAGAAUAUUGAAGCCUUUACUGGAGACCCAACAAAAGUGGAUGAAAAUGAUGCUGAUUUCAUGGAAUCCAACAAAAUGCAUGCUGUCAAUGGCUACUUGUAUGGCAAUCUGCCAGGCCUGACCAUGUGCAAGAAUGACAAGGUCUCCUGGCACCUCAUUGGGCUGGGCAGUCACUACGACAUGCAUGGGGUUCAUUUCCAAGGAAAUACCAUCGACUUGAGAGGGACAACAAGGGAUGGGCUGGCCUUGUUCCCUCAUUUAUCAGGGACAGCACUAAUGCAGCCAGACCGUGUGGGCACGUUCAAAGUGGUUUGCAGGACUUUUGAUCACUUUGUUGGUGGGAUGAAGCAUCUCUACGAGGUCAGCAGCUGCCGCAGCCCCAGUGGAGCCCAGCAGCAGCGUGGAGCCAUGAGGGUCUAUUACAUUGCUGCAGAGGAGGUGGAAUGGGACUAUGCCUCAAAUAAGAGCUCAGCACCAAAGGUUUACAACAUCAGCAGCUAUGAGGAAAGCUAUGGGCAUGUUUUUCUGGGCCAAGCAGAGGACCUGAUUGGUUCAAAAUACAAGAAGGUUGUUUACAGGGAGUACACAAGUGGCAACUUCACACAGCGCAAAGUGAGGACAGAAGAGGAGGAACACUUGGAAAUCCUGGGGCCACUACUCCAUGCCGAGGUCGGUGACUCCGUACUGAUCGUAUUUAAGAACAAAGCCAGCAGGCCUUACUCAGUAAGUGCACAUGGUAUAGAAGAGGUUGGUUGUGAAGAGCAGCCUGAGACUCCAAUUACCCUCCCUGGGGAAAUAAACACCUACAGGUGGAACGUCCCAGAACGAUCCGGUCCUGGCAAAACAGAUCCAAAUUGUAUCACUUGGGUUUAUUAUUCAACAGCAAAUUUUGUUAAGGACACGUACAGUGGUCUGAUUGGGCCUCUUGUAGUUUGUAGAAAAGGAACUUUAGAUGAAAGAGGUCUGAGGAAAGACAUCGAUCGUGAAUUUACUCUUCUAUUUAUGGUGUUCGAUGAAAAUGAAUCCUGGUAUUUGAAAGAAAAUAUUGAAACAUACCUUCAUAAGAAUCCUGAUGAUUUUAAUUCCACUGAGAACUUUGAAGAUGGCAACAGCAAGCAUGCAAUCAAUGGGAAGAUUUACAACAGUCUCUUGGGUCUAACGAUGAAUGAAGGUGAUAGGACAAACUGGUAUUUGAUAGGAAUGGGCAAUGAAGUGGAUAUCCACACAGUUCACUUCCAUGCACAGACCUUCAUCUUCAAGGUUGAUAAGGACCACAGAGGAGAUGUAUAUGACCUUUUCCCUGGGACUUUCCAGACAGUUGAACUCGUAGCAGAAAACCCUGGGACGUGGCUUCUGCACUGCCACGUGGCCGAUCACAUCCAUGCUGGCAUGGAGACAACCUACACCAUCAAUAAAUCAGGGCGACGAGAGUGGGAAGUUCCUUCAGAAGGAGGACACACAACUGGAACAUACAAUAAAACUACUGCAACAAAUGAAACCACUGGAAAGGAUUAUGACAACAAAGUGGGCAAAUUUUUCGGCAAAACUUUGAGUCCCGGAGAAGCCAGCCUGAUACUCGCAGCUUUUUUUUGCAUUGGACUUGUUCUACUGUCAACAGCAUUAAUCUUCUUCUGCUUCGUCACCCACCAAGGAAAUAGAAUCCAUUACACAGCUCUGGAUGAUAAAAGUGCACUUCUGGCAGAUUCCCUGUAAAUCCCCACUUUUAAUAUCAUUCACAGGCACUCACUGGAUUUCACAACAUAGAACCAUAAAACCUUUAAGUUUGGAGAACACCUCUAAGAUCACUGAGUCCAACCAUAAACCUAACACUGCCAGGCAACAUGCUGCUAAUAAAACUGGAGCAGGGCA